UCCGCGCUUCCUGGUGCAUCAUGCCCGCGCUAUACUCCGACUCCGAGACGACCAUGGUGACUUCCACCCCUGUCCCUAUACAUCCCCGGGGGUCGUCAUCCCUUGGGACAGGUCGUCGUAGCAGAGUGAGGGGUCGUCGGUUAUCAUCAGGGCUGAACACAAUGCCGGAGAAGCUGUUCAAAGUUAUUGUGAUUGGUGAUCCAACAGUAGGCAAGACCUCAUUUGUGCAACGCUACGUCCAGAACACUUACCGCAAAGACUACAAGGGUACUGUCGGUGUGGACUUUGCCCUAAAGAUACUCAAGUUAGGAGAUAGCCAAACAGUAAAGCUACAGCUUUGGGAUAUCGCAGGUCAGGAGAGAUUUACAUGGAUGACCAGAGUGUACUACAAGGAUGCUCAUGGAUGUGUCAUCAUGUUUGAUCUUACCAACAAAAACUCCUUUGUAAAUACUUUGAAGUGGAAGAAAGACGUUGACUCAAAAUGUACAUUACCGGAUGGAAGCCCAAUACCAUGUAUGCUCCUUGCAAACAAGUGUGAUCUACAAAGUCAAAGACAAGUGGAUCAGAUGGAGAUUGAGACAUUUUACAAGCAGCACAACUUUAUCGGCUGGACCGAAACUUCGCCAAAGGAAGGACUUAUGGUUAACGACUCAAUGAGAUUCCUUGUAGACGUCAUGAUCAAGCAAGAAGGAAAUCAAAGCUUUAGCUCCAGUGAAUCCUCCGAGUACAUAUCACUAACGGGGCCAGGACCUCAGUCGAAGAAGUCCUGCUCCUGCUAACUUCUCAGUACCUAGUACCAAACACUGGUAUACUCUUGAUACCCGUCCAACGACCGUUUUUGUUAUAUCUUGUGUAUAAAGUACGUUUUGUUAUAAUAAAAGCUUUAUCUUAAACAA